AUGCAUGCAUUUGGCACUCCAUUGUUCCCAACCUUUGGGUGGACGUUGACGAGAGAAUACGACAGUUACAGUGUCGUCGAAGAUAACAAUAACAACGGCACGUUUCAUGAUUUUCCGGUACCAAAGACGUAUGGAGUGGUUCAUCAGCAGACCAGCUUAGUGGAUUCUGUUUCGUCUGCGAAAAUUGGAAUAGACAAGAACUCGGUCGUGAUCAAGAAGCUGAAUCACAAUGCUAAUGAACGUAACCGUCGCAAGAAAACUAACUAUCUAUUCUCAUGUCUCCAUUCAUGUCUUCCUGACACUGAUGAGACGAAGCAACUAAGUAUUCCUCAGACGCUUUCGCGAAGCCUUCAGUACAUACCUGAGCUACAACAGGAAGUGAAGAAGCUAAUACAAAAGAAGGAAGACCUCUUGGGUCAAAGAGAACGUUACGUUAAGCCGCAGCCAAAGGUGGCUGCUAGUUAUUUCUCCACCGUUUUUGCCACUAAGGUUAGAGACAACGAAGUGAUGGUCCAAAUCUCAUCGUCCAAGAUUCAUAAAUUUUCGAUAUAUAAUGUGCUGAGUGGAUUAGAAGCAAAUGGGUUUGUUCUCGUGGAUGUUUCAUCAUCGAGUUCUCGGGGAGACCGAGUCUUCUACACUUUGAAUCUUCAAGUGGACAAGGUUGAUAGUUACAAACUAAUUAUGGAAGAGUUAAGUCAAAGGAUCUUGUACUUCUAUGAAAUAUGUGGAAACCCGUUUAUGUGA